AUGAAAACCCCAUCUCCACCUUUUGCCAUGCCCGCCAUCAGGGAAGACCAUUUUGAGAAAGCGUUUGACCCAGAAGAGUUCCAGUUUGGCUUGCGAAAAAAGGGCAAAGGUUUAAGGGACCCGUCGCCAGCUAUGGUGCUAAAACAAAAGGCCACUAAUAGAGAGAGAGCGAGCUUGGCAAAACGUGCUGGAACUGAAGAAAGUCUUAUUUACAAAGCCAUUUACAAAGACAGUAUGAAAUCGAUUGAUGAAGUAGAAGGAAACGUUUCAGCCAAAGAGGAGCUAAAAAAUGAAACAGCUAACGAAGACGUACAAAAGAAUGGAGAGGAAGCUGGGAAAGUCAUGUCACGAUUAGAAAGGAUGUCCAUUCUUUCCAGCCUACUCAGUUCACCUAGGUCGUCCAGGAAGGGCAAAGAGGAAACAUCAGCCUCAAAUAGCAAACCUCCAAGCAGCCAGCUACAGGAUAUAUCUUCCCCUGGGAAACAAGGAAUUGCUACUCUAUCUCCGCCUGGCAAUGGGACAAAUCAUGCGAGAGGGAAAGGUACAGAUGCAGACCCAGUUGUGGGUGUGGAUAAACAUGCAGCGAGUGACUCAACAGUCAGCUCCUCCUCUCCUGCCAUUCUUCCCUCAUUUUCAGAGAUAAAGAUCCUGGAUCACUUGGAGAAAUAUCUCAUAAAGGGCAAAGGAAUAACAGACGCUUUACAGGGCUCUACACAGACUACUAACACUAAAAACAGUGUUGAGGAAAGUACUGUUAUGGAUCCAACUCUUACUCCAGGAUGUCCUAAUGCUGAUUUGGGCCUAAAGGGCCCAACAGAACGGUUUCCCUCCAGCAACUAUGUCCAGCAGGUCUCCCAGAAUGGACCUUCUACAUAUAAAACCAAGAUACCUGAAAUAAGGGGAUUCCACAGAAGACCUGGAAAGAUUGUAAUACACAAGCAUGCUGAGUUUGGUGGGGAGGCUUACGAGGUCUGCCGUGACAUGGAGGACGCCACCACGUUGAAGCUGUCCCCUGUCAUCUCCGUCAGAGUCACGAGAGGAUGCUGGCUCCUGUACGAAAAGCCCGGGUUUCAGGGCCGUACCAUUGCUCUUGAAGAAGGCUCUACAGAGUGCAUAGUGAAUAUGUGGGCAGAGGAGGGAACCCCAACUACACUGGACCAGAUGGGCCAGGCUAUUCCAACAGCACCUAUGGUGAUCGGAUCGAUCCGCUUUGCGAUUAGGGACUACAGCGUACCACAUAUUGACCUGUUUACUGAUGUGAAUGGCUUGGGAAGGAUGUCCUCUUACUGUGACGACGUCGUAGAAAUCGGCUCCUAUGGGAUGCCACAGAGCACGGGCUCCAUCAAGGUCCACUCUGGCGUGUGGCUGGUGUAUAGUGACCCGGGUUUUGCAGGUAUCAUAGCAGUGUUGGAGAUAGGGGAGUAUCCCUGUCCAGAGUCCUGGGGUUUCCCCCAGCCCUUCAUCGGGUCUCUCAGAGCCCUCCGCAUGGGAGCAAUCAAGGUGGAACGUCCAAAUGAAGUAAAGGCAUUAGUUUUUGAAAAGCCCAACUUCGAAGGCGAGUGCAUGGAGGUGGACAGUGACGUGUACAGCUUCAGGGGAGGGGAUAGCCAGGAGAAAGAGCCAGUGGACGGAAAUGGUGGGAAGAGGAAGACAUUGUGUACAGUGGGGUCUCUCAAGAUACUUGGUGGACUCUGGGUGGGAUACGAGGAGGCAGACUUCGAGGGCCGGCAGUACAUCUUGGAGGAGGGGGAGUUUGCCCACUGCAGUGACUGGGGCGGAUACGAUGAGGGGCUCCUGUCUCUGCGCCCGCUGCUGUCUCGUUUCUCCUCCCCCCACGUGAAGCUGUUCAACGAGAAGAACUGUGAGGAGCGGGGAGUCAACGUGGACUUGCUGGGGCCCGUCCCAAACAUGGGAGACACAGGCUUUGGUGUCCAGACCCAGUCGGUUCAUGUUCUUGGUGGAGUGUGGGUGGCUUUUGAGAACCCUGGAUUCAGUGGAGAGGUCUAUACCCUGGAGAAAGGCCUGUAUGGAUGCCCCGAGGACUGGGGAGCCCGCAACUUCAAGAUUUCAUCCAUACAGCCCGUCUUCCAAGACAAUGCAACGCCAACAAGCAAAUUCAAAGUUCUGCUAUUUUCUGAGCCGAACUUCCGGGGAAGGGUCGUGACCCUGGAGGACAGCGUCGCAGCCCUGGAAGACGACUUCUCACCCAGAUCCUGCAGGGUACUAGCUGGCAGCUGGGUCGCCUAUGAGGGAGCCCAGUUCACAGAGAACGUGUAUGUGCUUGAGGAGGGAGAGUACCCCAACGCUGAGGCUAUGGGUUUCCUGUCCACUGACUCCACCAUCCGCUCAGUACAGACAGCAGGACAUGAGUUCUCCCUGCCCUCCAUCACCCUUUUCAGUAAGGCGGGCUGUCGGGGUCGGAGGACGGUCCUAUCAAAUGGAAUGAUCAGCUUACCACGAGCAGGCCUGGGUACACGCAUACGCUCCCUAGUGGUGGUGGGAGGCAUGUGGGUGCUGUAUGAAGGCUGUGACUACCGUGGUCGCCAGAUCCUCCUCCAGCCUGGUGAAGUGGGUGACUGGUUCAAGUUCAGCAACUGGCAGCAAAUAGGAUCUCUACGCCCAUUAGUUCAGAGACAGAUGUACUUCCGGCUACAGAGCAGGGAGACAGGAUGUGUGAUGUCGCUGACGGGGACCCUGGAUGACAUCAAGCUGAUGAGGGUGCAGGCCCUGGAGGAUACUGGGGGGGUGGAGCAGGUUUGGCUCUACAUCGAUGGGCAGCUCACAUGCAAGCUGUUGGAAGACUGUGUGCUCGAGACUGCAGGCAAUGUGGUGAUGGCAGGCAGCCGGCUGUGUAUGUCCCCCGAGCGAGGGAAGAGCAACCAGCUGUGGAGCAUCACCCCAGACGGCCUAGUGCACUCCCACCUCAAACCUGAACUCGUCCUGGAGGUCAAAGGCGGUCAACAGUACGACAGGAACCAGGUGAUCCUCAACACAUUUGACGAGAGGAAAAUCAACCAAAGAUGGUCCCUGGAGAUCCUGUAAAUGAACUGUAACUCUUGGGGAGCAGCCUUGCCCGAAGGGCCCCGGGGGGGGGACAACUGAGCUGUGGGUCCUGUACUGCAGAGCUGAGUCCCAACAGACUUUCAGUGCCAACGUAGCUCUAUAACAUGGUAUGUAGGUUCACUACUGUGGAGAGUAAAACACUUUUUUGGUCAAAGGUGUGACCGUUGACCAAACUUGUAGAGCCACUCACUCGGCUCUCCGUGAAGGCGGGACAGUGAAAACCGAGGCACGGAAAACCUUUAAGGCGUCAGGUUUCUUUAAAAUAAAAAAAGAGAAGAAAAAAAAAAGAGUUUUGAGCGUUUAAAAAUUUAGCUAUGUCAGGACAGUUUGUUUGAUUGUGCACAACAACCCUGUUUACUUCUAUUUCAGCAUAUCAGAGAACCGGUGUAUUCCCCGCGCCCCUUGCACUUACAGAUAACCCAGCCCUGUAUUGAUGCUGCAUACGUCUCCAUAAACCUUUGUUCCUACCGCACGACUUUAACCUGCGUUGUCUGAUUUCUGUUUCUGUUCAUCACGUUGAAAAAAGGAAAUGUUUAUUCAUGCCAACAGUAGUGUCACACGUACAUAAACACUCCAAAGCUUUUCCAGGCGGAUAUUUUCCUACCGUUACUGCUGUAGAUUAAAGAUGAUCGAUUGUAAAGUUUUGAUAUUUUAACUAGGCUGUAGUUUUAACGUUUUUUACAGCGUUAGGUUGCACAAAAGCGUCAGGUUUUUAGAUUUUAAGUGAAAUUCAUUUCAACGCAGCACUGGUGGUAAUAACGCCCACCGCUGUCUUUUAAUGCGACUGUAAAUAUGUAAUAUGUGAAUGUUCAAGUGAAAGUCAUUACAUAUGAACGCAAUAAAGAUUUUUCUUU